GCCACCGCCCAGAGUUCUCCAUGCGCGCUCUUUGGGGCUGACCACUGAUAAGGAGCGAGGGAGCGGUGCGAGAGGCCUGGAGAGGAGGAGAGUGCUGCGCUGUUUGCUUUUCUUUGCUGUGCCGUUCCUCCUUCAUCGGCCUGCUCGGUCGCUCGACCGCUCUACCGCUCGACCGCUCGGCGUUCUGCUCUUACACGGCUCGCAUUUAAUUUUAAUUCGUCGCCUGCCCUGCUGACAGCGACAUCGGUUGCGUCUCGCCAAAAAGUGAUUUGCCGCUCCCGCGAUUUGGAAGCAAGCGAAGCAAGCCAUCGGGAAAGGAGCCGCGGAGCUGGCGAAGUCAGUGGUAGAAGCACCGUUAAACGUUAUUGCCGUGCAGUGUGACCGAGUGUGCAUUCGCCGCAAGGACAUAUAACAACAUAUCGAGUGUGGCCAGUUGCCAAGGACCCUGUGCGAUCGAAUUCGCAUUCAUUCAGUUUUAUUGACGCCCCUUCGAUCCGUAAUCUCGACGAUUGGAAAACUGCAAUUGUAACGCGAGCAAUACAAACUGUCAACAAAGUCGUAAAUUCGCACACUGCGGCAGUAAAGUGAAGCAAUCGAGGGGAAAAUCGCAAAAGAGUGCAGGCAGCAACAGAGUAAUUACCAAAUAACAGGCGAAAGGUGUUUCUGCAACAUGAGCUGCUGGCUUUAAGGAGCCCAUCCAUCAGCAGCAGCAACAGCAACAGCAACAGCAGCAGCAGUUGCCACAUCCAGGCAGCAGGUGCAACCGGAGCGGAGACCCACUUGCAGGUCAAGGUUCUUCCGGAGAGCAGAGCAAUCAGCCCAGGGCGACACCGACAACAUGGUGCACGGACCGCCGGCUCGCAGAAAAUCACAGCAGCAGCAUGAGGCCUGCGAGAUGGACAUGGAGCGACAGCCCACUCCGCCGGAUGGCGGAUGGGGAUGGGUGGUGGUCUUCGGCUCCUUCAUGAUACACAUAGUCACCGAUGGCAUGACCUACUCCUUUGGCAUCUUCUACAAAGAGUUCCUGGACUACUUCAACGAGGGCAAAGGUUACACAGCAUGGAUUGCCUCCAUAAUGGUGGGCGUGACCUUCUCUUCGGGACCGAUCAGUUCGUCGUUCGUGAACCGAUAUGGCUGCCGUGCGGUGACCAUCGCGGGCUCCAUUUUGGCCGCCAGCUGCAUCAUCGUGAGCAUGUUCGCCCAGAAUGUCCUCACGCUGAUCAUCACGAUCGGUUUCGGAACGGGCUUGGGCUUCGGGCUCAUCUACCUGCCGGCCAUCGUGAGUGUGACGCAGUACUUUGAGGCCAAGAGAUCCCUGGCCACGGGAAUCGCUGUCUGUGGCUCCGGAUUCGGCACCUUCGUCUUCGCCCCGCUCACGGAGUUCCUGAUCGGCCACUACGGUUGGCGUGGGGCAAUGCUGAUUAUCGGCGGCAUCGUGCUGAACUGCAUCAUCUUUGGCGCCAUGUUCCGACCGCUGAAACUGGAGGCACCGCCGCAGACGCCGCCGAACACGCCGAGCACACCCAAGCUGGGCAAGAAGUCGGCCAUCAUCGACCAGAACACCACGUCGGCGGAAUUGGAGCCACUCAAGAUCCAGCCCAAGGAUCAGUACCUGCAGCUGCCGCAGCGCACGGACACUCCGGUCUCGGGUGGUGCCCUCUGUCGGUCCAACAGCGUUGGCCACAACCUCAAGCCCAGUCUGAACAACAACUCGAACGGCGCCGUCAAUGGGCAGGGACCCACCUUGGUGACCCCACCGCAGGCGGUGGUGAAGAGCACCAGCAACGACGACAUCGCCCGCAAGUGCCACAGCCAGUUGCAGCUGACUCCUCUGAAGGACGCCCAUCGCGAGCGGAGUGCCAGUGGCACCAUGUACCGCCCGGAUGCCCUCUACCAGGGCUCCCUCCACAACCUACCCGACUAUGUGAGCUCCCGGAACGAUCUAAGCCGCUCCAUGUCCGGUUCCGGCGUUAUAAAGCGCUACGGGUCCCUUCGCCAGAGCAACAACGUGUCGCAGAGUCAGGAGGAGGCCAAGUGCUGCGGCUGCAUCACUUGCUCCAAGGAGACCCGCGACACAUUCGCCGAGAUGAUGAACUUCUCGCUGCUCAAGGACAUGGUCUUCGUGAUCUUCUCCGUGUCCAACUUCUGCACGAGCAUUGGCUUCAACGUGCCGUACCUGUAUGUGGUCGCCUACGCGGAGACCCUGAAGCUCAGCAAGACGGAUGCCAGCUUCCUGAUAUCCACGAUUGGCGUGGCCAACACAGUGGGCCGCAUAAUCCUGGGCUACAUAUCGGACAAGCCGUGGGUGAACCGCCUCCUGGUCUACAACGUCUGCCUCACCGCCUGCGGAAUUUCCACUGCCAUGGUGCCGCUGUGCCACGACUUCCAAUCCCUGGCUUUCUACUGCUGCGUGUUCGGCUUCACGAUCGGCGCCUACGUGGGCCUGACCUCGGUCAUCCUGGUGGACCUGCUGGGUCUGGACAAGCUGACCAACGCCUUUGGCCUGCUGCUGCUCUUCCAGGGCAUCGCCAGCUUCAUCGGUCCGCCCAUUGGAGGCUGGAUGUACGACCUGACCGACUCGUAUGCGCCGGCCUUCCUGAUGGCCGGACUCAUGAUCGCCAUCAGCGGCCUGGUGAUGUUCGCCAUUCCGCCGCUGCAGCGCCUGCAGGCCCGCAAGUCGGAGCCGAAGGCCCACACCGAGCACCUGGCCCUUAGUUAGUAGUUCACCCGCCACACCCACCCACCCACUGUUUAUGCCCACUCCAUGUUUUUUUGUUUUUUUUUCUACUCUUACUGUAACUCUAGAUACGUACUGAUGCACACGACACUUGGUUAGAUUAAGUCCUAGACCUAGGCCAGCCAUGUAUGCUACGGCAUAUGCGAUUAUUUAUGUGCAGGCAACUGUCACCCCCCCUGCCCCCUGCCCCACUCCUGUCCCCCGCGCCAUGACCCCUGACCCCGAGCAUGCAAAUGUACGCCUAUAAGUACGAGUACAUGUGGUAUGUGCCCAUACCAAAUUAUUGUUAUUCUAUUAUGACUGUAUGCCUGUGCGUGUGUCCGUCUGUUUAUACGCCAUUAAAGAAAGCUUUUGUCUUUUGUACCACAACAGAGAACCACAAAAGUCCAUUUGGAAAUCGAUUGGCUGAAAGCCACAUGCCCUUGGCAGUGGGCUAUACUCGUUUGAAUAUGAAAUGUAAGUGGCUGGUAAGUGGCGUUGUACUUGGAACCAUCUCUCUUUUUACCUUCACAGCGAGGUACGGGCUCUAGAAGUCUACGUGUAUGCGCUUUUUAAUUAUCCCCAGCAAUGCAAUGGAUCAUACAUGUGCCGUAAAUCACACGGCG